AUGCCACCAGACGAACAAAAUGUUUAUUUUUCGGAUUCUUUCGAAGAAAGUCUCGACUCUUCGACAUUAACAGCCGCCGAAAGCACCCACCAAGAGAUCGAAACUCUGGCCCGCCGAGUCACCAAUGUCUCCCAGCACCAUGCAGCCAAUGCCCACGUCAACGUCCUGAAUCCUCCAAAAAAUAGCCACUUAGACCCUAAUUCCGCAAAUUUCGAACCUGCAUCAUGGACAAAAGCAUUCAUCGAGCUUUACGAGUCCGAUCCCAAAUCGGCACCUAAUAGACUUACUGGCGUCGCGUUUCGCAAUCUUAAUGUGUUUGGCUACAGCUCAGGGUCCCAGUAUCAAAAAAGCGCGGGCAAUCUUGCACUCAGUAUGGCAUCAGAUAUCGUCGGGCUUGCGACAGGAAGGUCAAAAAGACGCAUCGAUAUCCUAAGGGACUUCGAGGGCGUCGUUGAGCCCGGCGAGAUGCUCCUCGUGCUGGGUCCUCCAGGAUCGGGCUGCUCGACUCUUCUGAAGACGUUGUCCGGCCAAAAAGAGGGCCUUAAUGUUGCCGAAGAGUCGUACAUGAACUUUCGAGGAAUCGAACCGAGGCGCAUGCAUAACUGGUUCCGAGGCGAUGUCCUGUACAACGCUGAAGUGGAUGUCCAUCUGGCGCCUUUGUCAGUUGGAGAUACGCUGGAAUUCGCAUCGAGAGCCAGAGUUCCAGCAUGGGUACCCGGUGGGAUGACGAGUAACGAGUAUGCCCGUACCAUGCGCGAUGUGAUGAUGGCAGCAUUUGGCAUCUCACAUACUAUUAACACCAAAGUCGGCAAUGACUUUGUCCGCGGCGUGUCUGGAGGCGAACGCAAGCGAGUCAGCAUUGUCGAGGCUGCCCUGACUGGCGCCAAGUUCCAAUGCUGGGACAAUAGCACGCGAGGUCUCGACAGUGGGAACGCUAUUGCUUUCUGUCAGAACCUUCGCACACAAUCGGACUUACUGGGCGUUGCAUCUGUUGUGGCGAUCUAUCAGGCGCCGCAAUCUGCAUAUGAUCUGUUUGACAAAGUGACGGUGAUCUACGAGGGACGACAAGUCUUUUUUGGCAAGGUUGACCAGGCGAAGAAGUACUUCGAAGACUUGGGCUUUCAUUACCACGCCCGACUUCCUUACCUCUAUGACCUCCCGAACGAACGGCAGAUCAGACCUGGCUAUGAGCAUAUUGCGCCCCGAACCUCCGAUGAGUUUGCAAGGCGAUGGAAGCAAUCACAACAUCAUGCAGCUCUAGCUGCAAAGAUUGAUGGAUACGAUAGCGAGCACCCGUCGCAAGACCGUCUUCAGGCUUUUCAAGAGAGCGUCAAAGCCGAAAGGAGUUCGUGGUCACGGCUGAAGUCCCCAUACACGAUCAGUUACCCACGCCAAGUCAAACUAUGCCUCUGGCGCGGGUGGAAGCGCUUGGUAGCCGAUCCCGAGUUCACGAUAUCCUCGCUCGUGUUCAACAUCAUUGUAGGGCUCGUCCUUGGGAGCAUGUUCUACAACCUCAAGGCCGACACUAGCACGUUUUACUACCGGGGCGGCUUGAUCUUCUUCGCUUUACUUUUUAAUGCUUUUGCCAGCGAGAUGGAGGUUCUUACCCUUUAUGCCCAAAGGCCUGUCAUCGAGAAGCACAACAGAUACGCACUAUACCAUCAAUCUGCUGAAGCGAUCUCCAGCUACAUCACCGAAUUGCCAUACAAGAUCACCAAUGUCUUCACUUUCAACUCUAUACUUUACUUCAUGGCGAAUUUGAACCGUCAACCCGGCCCCUUCUUCUUCUUCUGUCUCAUGUCAUUCAUGGUCCUGUUAGCAAUGUCUGGGAUCUAUCGAACCAUGGCGUCACUUGCACGCACGUCGCAUCAGGCCAUGGUACCUGUCACCCUAGUGACUAUCGGUGUUAUGAUGUACGCAGGCUUCACCGUUCCGACAUCCUACAUGCAGGGAUGGUCCCGUUGGAUGGGUUACAUAAACCCUUUAUCCUAUGCUUUCGAAUCACUCAUGGCAAACGAGUUUCAUGGCCGUCAGUUUCGCUGUGCUGGUCUAGUGCCUUCGGGCAAUGGAUACGAUGAUCUUCCCAUAGCAGGUCGGACCUGCGCUGUGGUCGGAGCUGUACCGGGAUCGGACAUGGUUGACGGCGACCAAUACAUUGAGCAAUCUUUCAGCUACUUCAACGCUAACAAGUGGAGGUUAGUUCAGUCAGAGCCCCUUUUGAGGAUUGAUCUGACCAGUCUUAGGAACUUUGGAAUUCUUUCUGCUUAUGUGGUCUUCUUCUUUAUUACCUACAUCAUCACGGCAGAGUUUGCCAAGCCGCCAAAGAGUGAAGGCGAAGUUCUAGUCUUCCGACGCGGCAAACUGCCUGCUGGCCUCAGCGAGAAAUCAGGCUUGGACGAAGAAAGCCAGUCCCGUGGGGUGACUUUAAUCGAGAAAGUGUCUCCGCCACCGACAGAGAAGAUGAGUGAGGCCAGACCGAGGCCUAGCGCCUGUGGAAAGCCAAUCUUUCAUUGGGAAGAUAUCUGCUACGACGUCAAAAUACAGAACCAGGACCGCCGCAUCCUGGAUCACGUGGAUGGCUGGGUUCAACCGGGUGUCAUCACGGCUCUCAUGGGCGCAUCCGGUGCUGGGAAAACUACCUUACUCGACGCCCUUGCAAGUAGAGUUACCAUGGGCGUUCUCUCUGGCGACACGAUGGUCAAUGGUCGACCAACAGACAGAUCACUCCCCAACCGUGUCGGCUACGUUCAACAGCAAGAUGUUCACAUGGAUACAAUGACGGUCCGAGAAGCACUUGAAUUCAGUGCCUUGCUACGGCAAAGCGCCGAAAUUCCACGCGAAGCCAAGCUCGCCUACAUCGAUGAAGUCAUCGAGCUGCUCGACAUGAGCGAGUUUGUGGACGCCGUCAUUGGAGUUCCUGGCCAGGGACUCAACGUGGAACAACGCAAGCGCUUGACCAUUGGCGUCGAACUUGCAGCUCGACCCCAGCUCCUAGUUUUCCUUGACGAACCGACGUCAGGACUUGAUUCCCAGACGUCCUGGGCAAUCUGCGACCUCAUCGAGAAGCUCGCAAAGAGCGGGCAGGCGGUUCUUUGCACCAUUCAUCAGCCGUCUGCAAUGUUGUUCUCUCGCUUUGACAGGCUUCUUCUGCUGCAACGCGGUGGUAAAACGGUAUAUUUUGGAGGUGAGGCUCUUUGUUCCAUCCAGACCAAAGACAUUGGCGACAAUGCUACGACCAUGAUUGAUUAUCUUGAGCGCAAUGGCGCACCGAGUUGCCCUGCGGAUGCCAAUCCUGCAGAAUGGAUGCUACAGGCCACCACACUGUCUGAAGAUGGCCCAAACUGGCAUGACAUUUGGCGGUCGUCCCCAGAGUACCAUGAAGUAAAGGAUGAGCUCAGACUUCUGCGUCAGCAAGGCACGGUUCAACUCCCAUUGGACAAGGCGGGCAACGAGAUUGCUCAUAAGGAAUUCGCAUCUUCAUUUUGGACGCAGUUCCAGCAUGUUUUUGCACGCACUGCAAAGCACUUUUGGAGAUCGCCUGUCUACAUUUGGUCAAAAUUCACUCUGACAAUUUUUUUGGCUUUCUACAUUGGUUUCACCUUCAAGUCUGAUAACAGCUUGCAGGGCCUGCAGAACCAACUGUAUGCCUUCUUCAUGUGUCUUACCACAGUGAACGAAUUUAGCAAGCAGAUUAUGCCAAUGUUCAUCCCACAGAGGGCGUUGUAUGAGGUGCGGGAGCGGCCGUCGCGCGUCUACCGGUGGACCACGUAUCUCUUGUCCAACAUUGUCAUCGAAAUGAUUUGGAACACGAUCGCGGCUAUCAUGUUCUUCUUCUGCUGGUAUUAUCCCGCCAGGUUCUUCCGCAACACCACCGCCGACGAUGUCACUAUUCGCGGCUUCACUGUGUUCCUAUUCAUCUGGAUGUUCUUCCUCUGGAUGAGCACCUUUUCGCAACUGGCAAUCGCAGCCAUAGAGACAGCUGACCUGGCCAGUAUCCCAGCUAGUCUCUUCGCUAUCCUCUGCAUGGCUUUCUGCGGUGUGACUGUCCUCCGUGCCGACCUUCCUGCUAUCUGGAGCGAUUUUAUGUACUGGGUCAGUCCGAUGACCUACCUUGCCAGCGGAGCAUUGUCGGCCUGCUUGCAUGGGUCCAAGGUUGUUUGCACGGCCAAGGAACUCGUGUCCGUUCCGGUGCCGGCCAACAUGACAUGCGGCGAGUUCCUUGGUCCUUUCGUGCAGCGUGCGGGUGGGUACAUCGUCAAUGCUGCCGCAACAGAUUUCUGUGCCUACUGCCGGAUGAGCACCACAGACGACUACCUUGCGACUUUAGAAAUCAAGUACGACGACAGAUGGAGAAACUUUGGUCUUUUGUGGGUGUACAUUGGCUUCAACAUUGUGGCUGCAUGUGGCUUGUACUGGCUGGUGAGAGUGCCGAAGGGGCAAGGAGUGAAGCGCAAGUAG